GCCUCCAUACUACAGCGGCUGAUUCUCCUCCUGCUGUAAAACAACGAAGCAGAGCCGAGAGGAGAGGACAGGAGCUGGACAGAGAGAGGGAGAGAGAAAGUAAAAGGAAGAGAGAGGGAGGAGUGUUUUCUUCCUCCAGACUCAGGAUCAUGUUCUUCUGCAGCCAUUGUCAGAAACCAUGAGUGCUCCCUCCCUCUCUGUCUCUCUCCAUCAGACUGCCUAGCAACAUGCGGGACUAGCCACAGCACUAUCAACACAGCUCUGCUGUCUCUUACUGCUUUCUUUUAGCGGAGCAUCCUGAGAAGAAGACAUGCACACCGGAGCAGAGAACGGAAAACACAAGGCAAGGUGAAGGAUUCCGUUUUAUUUUCCGACACAUUGCAAAAGGGAAGUGGGGAGAGGAAGAGAGACAGAGCGAGAGAGAGAGAGAUAGACCAUUGGAGAGAUAGGAAAAAAGAGAGGCGGGCUGUAGUGCAUAACUGAGACCAAGGAUCAAGAAGAGGAAAGGGGAGGAGGAAGAGAGGAGAGAAAGAGCUCUAAACCCGAAAGGCUUGGUGACGCAGAGGAAGAGAGGAGAUGACGGAGACUCUGGAAUGCACUGUGACAGAUGGACGGAUGUUACGCCAACAAUAAUCCAUUAGGCACAGGGUGGAAGAGUACAUUACCCCAGAUUCCAGAGAAGAGUAACAGUGAUGGUGUACCGAGUGUGCCGACAGACGGCACCAGCAAUCACACAGUCCGUCUGCCAGCUGCAGGAGGAGAUAAGAGAGGUGAUCCACUGAGGAGGUGACUCCAAUCUCUGAUCUGAAGGAGCCCAGACCUGGAGCAUGAUCCUGGGUGUGUCUGCAGAGUCAGUGAAGAGCCUGGGUCCUGCCUCCAUGGCCACAAAGUCAGCACUGUCCUAGCUCUGCCACGGGACCAAAGCAUCCCACUGCUGGCUCCGCGAGGGGCCUCAAGUAUCUCCUUGCUAGCUCUGCCAGGAGGUCUUGUACAGUACAUCCCGUAAUAGCUCUGCCAGGAGGCCUUGUACAGUACAUCCCGUACUAGCUCUGCCAGGAGGUUCACUCCCACGUGUCUGCCAGCUCAGAUAACCCUCUGGCUAUUGGCAAACACAUGUUUGACGUGAUCGAAUGUGACCGCCGCCGUGCCAUCCAGAGCAGCAGCAGCCCCCUGUUCCCUCCGCCUGCCGAUUCACCAUGCAGUGGAGACGUUGGCACUACUGCCCCAUCAAGAUGACCUGGACCGUGAAGCGCUCGCUCUUCCGGACCCACGUGGCGGGCCUCCUGUCCCUGGCCCUCCUCUUCACACUCUUCCUUUUUUUCAGCCACCAGGACUGGUUGCCGGGCCGGACCGGGCCCCGGGACAACCCCCUGGCCUACACCGUCAGGGGCUUCCGCACGGCCAGGGCCGAAGCAAACCAGAGCCUGAGUCUGCGGAGCCUGUGGAAGGAGACGGGCUAUGUGCCUCCCAAGCCCCAUCUCAACAUCAGCUCCCAGCAGGCUGAAGGUGGAGGUGGUGGAGGAGCCAUGAUGGGCGUGACGGGACUGGAGAACUCAAUGAGUGCCAACAACAGUUUACAGCAGGAAAUGGGCGUGGGAGGGAGGCUCAAUGCCCAGCCCUAUCGCUACAUCCUCAACCAGCCCUUCAAGUGCAGAGACAGAACCCCAUUCCUGGUGCUGCUUAUCGCUGCAGAGCCAGGCCAGGCAGACGCCAGGAAUGCCAUCCGGCAGACAUGGGGCAACGAGAGCGUGGCCAUGGGCCUGACCUUCGUCCGACUCUUCCUGCUGGGUUUGGGGCGUAGCUCAGACUCGUACACCCAGACAGCCAUCGAGGAGGAGAGCCGGGUCCACAAUGACAUCAUCCAGCAGGACUACCAGGACACAUACUACAACCUCACCAUCAAAACCCUGAUGGGCAUUAACUGGGUGGCCAGCCACUGCCCCCAAGCGCGCUAUGUCAUGAAGACUGACAGUGACAUGUUUGUCAACACGGAGUAUCUCAUCCAGAAGCUGCUGAAGCCAGAGCUCCCGCCCAGACAGAGCUACUUCACUGGCUAUCUGAUGAGGGGCUACGCGCCCAACCGAAACAAGGACAGCAAGUGGUACAUGCCUCCUGAGCUGUACCCUAGUGAGAGGUACCCCAUCUUCUGCUCGGGGACAGGGUAUGUGUUCUCCGGAGACAUGGCGGAGAGGAUCUACCAGGCAUCUCUGAGCAUACGGAGGCUGCACCUGGAGGACGUUUACGUUGGCAUCUGCCUGGCCAAGCUGCGCAUCGACCCCACGCCGCCGCCCAACGAGUUCCUCUUCAACCACUGGAGGGUAUCCUACUCCAGCUGUAAGUACAGCCACCUCAUCACCUCCCACCAGUUCCAGCCCAACGAACUGGUGAAAUACUGGAACCACCUGCAGAGCAACAAGCACAACGCCUGCAUCAACAUGGCCAAGGAGAAGAAUGGGAAGUAUAGACACAGGAAGUACCACGCAGAGAGACCUCAGUGAGGAUGCCUCUACUUCAUGUGGAAAGGGUAUGGACAGGACAUGGGAAGGAAGUGGACUAGAGGAAGGGCUGGGUCUUGAAAGGGCAUGUAAAAGAGAGCUCAGCACUAUACACUACCUGGGAAAGAGCACUGUGUUUUUGGUAUUGUGUACGGUCGAUUAAAACUAUUUUUUUUAUUUGAGAGAGAUGUUAUGUAUUGUAAACCUGUUGAAAACUCUUUUUAAAAAAGGGCAGUGAAGUGUUUAUGUGCAAUAUGAAGCAUGCACAACGCGAGAGAGAGAAGGCUAGUGGUUGAUGGGGUUUUGUUAUGCAACAGAUAGUUCACUUUAACUGUUGGGCCAAAUCUAUCAAAGACCUAAUUAAUGACAUAAAGAGUAUUUACAUGGGAUGGGAAAGGGGGAAAGACAGAAAUCUAUCACGUUACUAAUAACUACUACCACUACCUACAAAAAAAUGAUGAAUAUAUUUAUGAUGUGGACAUGUAAUGCUGCCCUUUUUCUCAAUGUUUACUUUACAGAAUGAUCAUCAAAUAGGAAUUAAAAGGGGUUACCUGUCAAUAUGCCAUAUAUUUGUAUUUACAACCAAGGUGAAAGCACUCAGAAUCAGAACUGUGGGAAAUGACUGAGAUUGUAUUUUCUAAAGCUUUACAUGAGUAAAUAUGGGGUCUGCACUUCAGUAAAUGUGCAAUGAAUUAAAUAACAAUUAAAUGUAUUCAAUUCUU